CUCACUUUAACAUUUCAAGAACCUUUAAUUUCAAGAGAAAGGCGAGCAAGUGAAGAUAGUCAAGCUGCAAGUAAUCGAGGUCGGAGUGUGUCGCCGUACAGAGCGUCGCUUGGUGGUCGUCAGAGUGGAACGGGGGUGCUAUCUGAUGCUGGAUCAAGGAGAGCAUCAAGUUCAGUUAGUCAGGUUUCCGGGGACGAGCAGCGAAGGCUAUGCGGCGAGCAGGAGAAGUUCAGCGAGCGUGCGGGCCUGGGGCUUGGAGUUGGGCUCACCACCUAUGGCUCAGUGGCGUACCAGCUCAAGGAUGCCAACAUGGAGGCCUCAGGCACCGUGGACUUUGUCUGCCGCGCUGCCAAGAUCAUGAACAGAACUAUUGUGAUGACUGUGUUCCUGGCGUGCCUGUCAACGCUACCCGUCAUAAUGUUGAUAAUGGGUGUCCAAUACAUCCGUGACUGCCCUGCGGAGCCACGCAUUCCCGUCUACAUGGUGGUGGGCGGAGCUGCUGGUGGGGCGGGAAUAUGUUGGCUGCUGUGGGCGCAGCUGGCUAGCAGGAGUUCCAACUCCUCAGCCAGCAUACCAGAGAGAGUGCUGGCGUACACGCUCACCAUAUUCCUGAUGGGAUGGUUUGCGUUCGGCAACUACUGGACGCUGGGCAUCCUCUGGCCGGACUAUGCGCCCACUCUGUUCGAGCCGAACCAGUGGUGUCACCGCACGCUGUACGUGUUUGCGCUCACACAACUGGGGGUCGUGUGGGGCGUGGUGCUUCUUCUGAUGCUCCUACUUCUGGCAUUAGUCGUCUGUCAGCAGCGGCGAAGCGUCGUGCUAGAGCUCUGGCACCGCAACAUCAACAACACCAUGGACGUGGCCGGCGCCUUGCUGCCUUUCACCCACGUGGUCCGCCCUGAGCUCACCAUCCACGUACAAGAGGUCCUCACUCACGCGGACGCUCACCACGACAAGAGAAUACCAGAGAUCAACGAGCCUUGCGAUGCAGACAAGCUGAACAGACAGGACAAGGGUGAUGUGAAGGUGAAAGUCAAAGUGAACUCGGCCUGA